AUGAUAUCCCUCGCUAUCUUCGACUUCGACGGCACUCUCUUCGAUACACAUGAAUCUAUUUCCCAAACCAUCAAACUCACCUUCGAAGCCCUCCUUCCCACCCAGAUUCCUCUCGAAGCUGAGAUUUACCGUCUUAUCGCCAGCGGUGCCGGUUUGGCAGACACCUUCAAGACUCUGCAUCCGUCACCCGACGAAUAUACGCCGACCGACGAGGACGAAUGGAUUGAAAAAUAUCGCGCCCUCUAUUCCACCCACGGUCAAUCACUUAUCAAAGCCUUCCCUGGCGCCAAGGAUCUUCUUACUGAGCUCAACUCCCAUAAGGUCCCUAUCGCAAUCGUGAGCAACAAGGGGGUAGCAGCGGUGAAAACUGCCCUUGAGCGGAAUAAUCUAGCUGGCUAUGUGCCUGAAGAUUUAAUUAUUGGCGAUAAGACCCCCGGGGCUAAGCGCAAGCCGGAUCCUGCCAGUUUCGUGGAUGUUUUGGCCCCCGUCUUACGCGAGAGAUAUGGGGCGGGGCAGCUUGAGCCGGAGAAAGUGCUAGUGGUGGGUGAUACGGUGGCAGAUAUUCAGUUCGCAAGAAAUAUUGGGAGUAAGGUUUGCUGGUGUCGGUAUGGGUACGGAGAUCGGGAGGCUUGUCAGGAAUUGGGGGCGGAUUUUGUGGUCGAUUCUUUGUUUGAGGUGGUGGGGAUUAUAAAGGCCUGA